AUGCCGUUUGACACACCUCUGAAAGCAUCCCUCCAAAGCCAGCCCACGGCCUGGGGCUUCUGGCUCACUCUGCCAAGCGCGCCAGUCGCUCGCGUAAUUCUUCGCUCUGGACAGUUUGCACCAUUCAAGGGCUUCAGCUGGGUUCUGAUUGAUGCCGAGCAUGGCUUAAUAUCGGAUAAGGACUACUAUGAGCUGUCCACGGCUAUUGCUUCAGAGGGUGCUACACCCAUCGUUCGUGUUCCUUGGCACGAGGAGUGGAUGAUCAAGCGGGCUCUUGACUCUGGCGCACACGGAAUUUUGACCCCUAUGUGCCAUUCUGCAGAGGAUGCGAAGCGUAUUGUGUCCUACUGCAAGUACCCGCCCGUUGGGUCUCGCGGAUACGGGCCCAUGUUCGCUCCCCAUUCGCUCCCCGGAGUGUCUGGAGGCCAGUACGACGACUCGGCUGACCAAAGUUUGUUGGUCAUGGUGCAAAUUGAGUCCAGGUCAGCAGUUGAGCAAGUGGAGGAGAUUGCCAAGACCCCAGGCUUGGACGUUCUCCUAAUUGGUCCCUUUGAUUUGGCCAAGCAAAUGAACGUGGUCCGAGGCGGCGAAGAGCACGAGGCCGCUAUUCAAAGGACUCUCAAGGCAGCUAAGGCGGCAGGCAAGAAAGCAGCAAUUUUCUGCUCAAAUGGCCAACAAGCUCAGGAGCGCGCCCAGCAAGGGUUCGAUCUGGUAUCUAUUGCUACUGACUUGGCGGCAAUAGAGUCAGGUAUGACUCGCGAGCUAGCUACUGCCAAUGGAACAGAUCUAGAUGGAAAGGCUAGAGAUGGAUACUAA